GAAGUGGUCGAAGAUGUUUACAUACUGAAAGUCAGCAUCUCUCUCGUUUCAUCAACCAUUCUCGUCUUCUUCAUCCUCUUUUUUUUGGUAAAAUGUUAACUUCUUCAUUCUCUUACUAUUUUCCCAAGAAAAUAAUCAACAUCCAUAACACGAUUAAGACAUAAAUCUUACUUCUCUCUCGGAUUCUCAAUCGUUCUUUUUUUUUCUUUACCGUGUUAUAUAUCACAUAUACAGAAAAACACACACAUACACACGCGUCAUAGACAUAUUAUGUGCAGUGUCUUUGAGUCUUCAGACAUGGACAACUUCCAAGGAGACCUAACCGACGUUGUACGAGGAAUCAGAUCAGGACACAUGACAUCAUCUCCUGGGCCACCGGAAGGUCCAUCUCCGAGCAGUUUGUCUCCGCCGCCGACUUCAGAUUUCCACGUGGAUUUUCCCUCCGUCGCCAACUCUCAGAUGAAUCCCUUCGGCGACCCGUUCGUAAGCAUGACAGAUCCUCUCCUCAGCCUCCCGGCCAACUUCUCCGGUGCCGGAGAUAUCAAAAACAACAACAGUUUUGCAGUCUUUCCAAACAUUACUGUGGAUGAUCAUGUCAAGAAUCAAUGCAGUGUCUUCCCAAGAAUCCGGAUUUCGCAAAGAAACAUCAUCCAAGAUGCAUCCAAAUGUAAUUCCCCAGCUAUGGCCACCUCCUCCGUCGCAGCAGCUUCGCCGUGGGGGAUGAUCAACGUUGAUAGCGCUAACAGUCCAAGAAACUGUUUACUGGUCGAUAAUAAUAAUAUCACGUCAUCUUCUUCGCAGAUUCAGAUCUCUUCUCCCCCUCAGAAUUUUAGCAUAAAGAGGAGGAAGGGGCAGGGAAAGAAAGUGGUGUGCAUACCUGCUCCAGCCGCCAUGAACAGCCGGUCCAGUGGAGAAGUGGUUCCGUCUGAUCUGUGGGCCUGGCGAAAAUACGGUCAAAAACCCAUCAAAGGUUCUCCUUAUCCCAGGGGUUACUACAGAUGUAGCAGCUCGAAAGGUUGUCCAGCUAGGAAACAAGUGGAACGCAGCCGCACCGAUCCAAACAUGUUAGUCAUUACUUACACAUCAGAACAUAACCAUCCAUGGCCCACUCAACGCAACGCUCUCGCCGGCUCUACUCGUUCUUCUUCAUCCUCCUCUUCAAACCCUUGUUCCAAAUCCGCAACUGCAACGACUUCUGUCUCGUCCAGAGUCUCCCAAAACAAAGAGGAACCCAAUAAGUCCCACAUGCCAUUCUCAUCCACUCCUCCUUCUCCUUAUGUGGCCAGAGCGGUUAAAGAGGAAGACGUUGAGGAGCGUAAGUACAAUAUGGAGUUCGAUGACGUUGACGACACUUAUAGACCGGAUUUUCAACAUCAGCCGGGGGAUUUCUUCGCCGAUCUUGACGAUCUUGAGGAAGAUUCUUUAACUAUGUUGCUCUCUCAAGGAUUCUCCGGAGAUAAUUGCGGUGGAGGUAACCUGGAUAACAAAAGAAUGAUUCCUGACGUUUUUAGCGAUUUCUUUGACGACGACUCCCCAAGAUCGUGAUAAAUACACCAAAGUUCAGUAAAAGGAUCGUUAUAAAUAUUCUUAGUAUCAAUGUAAUUUAGUCAUGAAUUUCGUGUAAUUCGAUUAGCUUAGAUGAUGGUAUUAGCCUGGCGUAUGUAUGGUAAUCUCGUCAUUUAUGUUACAUUUUUUUUUGGUUGGGGGGGAUCCAUAUUAUAUAGUCAAAAUAAAUUAAUACCUCCUACUUUU